CAUCCUGUUCACCAAAAACGCCACAACACAAGCCACCAGCUCGCACCGACCACCAUCUCGCGGCGGCCGUCCUCACCGGCCGUCUCCUAGUUCUCAUCCUGCCGUGUGUCGUGUUGCGUCGUAGCCCUCUUCUCGUCCAUCGAAAACCCAACCCAACACUCUCCUUCCUCCCUACGCUAGUAUGACCCUCACGGUGUCGGAGUCGGACAGCAAUAGCCUAAGGAACCCGGACAUGACCGAAACUCUACCAAGCUCUGAACUAUCCCUACUAGCCAAACUGGAGGCCGCCAACAAGCUGAUCGAGAGCGACUCGAAGAGUCUGAACUCUCUCCAGAGCUCGGCGCACAGCCGGAAAAGCUCCGACACGAGCCAGAUCAGCCUCAACUCGGGCGCAUCGUCCGUCGGCGAGGAGGAUGUGUGGUCCACCUGGGCCAGCAUCGUCACCGACUGGGAGGCGAGCCAGCGGCGCAAGGGUCCGACGGUGAAGGAGCUGGUGCGCAAGGGCAUACCGCAUCACUUCCGCGCGAUCGUCUGGCAGCUGCUGUGCGGUGCGUCCGAUGCGGACAAGAAGCAGUACGCCGAGUACAUCAAGGCGACGAGCGCGUGCGAGAAGGUGAUCCGGCGGGACAUUGCCCGCACCUACCCGGAGCAUGACUUCUUCAAGGAGAAGGACGGGCUCGGCCAGGAGGCACUGUUUAACGUGAUGAAGGCGUACUCGCUGCACGAUCGCGAGGUCGGCUACUGUCAGGGGUCCGGUUUUAUCGUCGGUUUGCUCCUCAUGCAGAUGCCCGAGGAGGAAGCGUUCGCAGUUUUGGUGCAGAUCAUGCAGCAGUACCGGAUGCGCGACAUGUUCAAACCAUCGAUGGCCGAGCUCGGACUGUGCAUGUACCAGCUGGAGAACAUCGUGCAGGAGCAGAUACCGGAACUGCACCUGCACUUCCAGUCGCAAAGCUUCCAAACGUCCAUGUACGCCUCGAGCUGGUUCCUGACGCUCUACACAACCGCCCUCAACCUGACGCUCAGCUGCCGCAUCAUGGACGUGUUUCUAUCGGAGGGAAUGGAGUUCAUAUUUAAGGUUGCCAUCGCGCUGCUUACCAUCGGCAAAGACACACUCCUUUCGCUCGACAUGGAAGCGAUGCUAAAGUACUUCCAAAAGGAACUGCCGCAGAAGGUGGAGAACGACGCGGAUGGUCUCUUCAAUCUAGCCUUCCAGGUGAAGAUCAACACGAAAAAGAUGAAAAAGAUGGAAAAGGAGUAUGCCGAUCUGCGGAAGAAGGAGCAAGAGGAAAUGGUCGAGCUGAGGCGAUUGCGAAACGAUAAUCGGCUGCUCAAGAAACGCAACGAACUGCUCGAGGCGGAAAGUGCCGAGCUGGCCGAUCGGCUCGUCCGGGGUCAGGUGUCGCGUGCCGAGGAAGAAGAGACGAGCUACGCGAUCCAGUCGGAACUAUUGGCGCUACGGCGGGCCCACCUGGAAGUAUCACACCAGCUGGAGACGGCGAAUGAGGAGAUCCGUGCGCUCAGUUUACGACUACAGGAAAAUAAUCCGGACCACUCGCUCGAAUCCAACAACUCCCGCCAGAACUCGUUCGAUGAGCUGAUUAUGAAGGAAGAGGCACUUAAACAGCGCGACGAAAUGGUCUCCUGUCUGCUAGAGGAACUGGUCAAGGUGCGACAAGGACUUGCCGAAAGCGAAGAUGUGAUUCGCAAUCUGAAGACCAAAAUUCAGGAACUGGAAGAGGAUAAGAAACGACUGCGAGAAACGACCACAGACAACUCGGUGGCUCAUCUACAGGACGAGCUGAUUGCGAGUAAGUUACGCGAGGCGGAGGCAAGUCUAUCGCUGAAGGACCUAAAGCAGCGCGUCCAGGAGCUCAGCACGCAGUGGCAACGGCAGCUGUCCGAACAGCGCAACGAUCCGGCCCAGAGCAACGAUUCCGGUGCGAAGAAACUGCUCUUCUGGGAAUCGGGUCGAUCGCAGGAUCUGCAGAAGCUCGAAGAGGAGCUCAUGACCACCCGGAUACGGGAGAUGGAAACGCUAACCGAGCUGAAGGAGCUGCGGCUGAAGGUGAUGGAGCUGGAAACGCAGGUGCAGGUGUCUACCAAUCAGCUCCGCCGCCAGGAUGAGGAGAGCAAGAAGGUGAAGGAAGAACUGGAGGAAGCGCUGGUGCGCGAGCGGGAGCUGGCCAACAAGGCGCGCGAGCAGCAGCACCGUUACUCAGAUCUCGAAUCUCGCAUGAAAGACGAGUUGAUGAAUGUGAAGAUUAAGUUUACCGAGCAAAGUCAAACGGUGGCUGAGCUGAAACAGGAAAUUUCAAGACUGGAAACGAAGAAUUCGGAAAUGCUUGCCGAGGGUGAGCUGCGUUCCAAUUUGGACGAAUCGGACCGUGUCCGUGAUCUGCAGGACAAGGUGGCAGAGCUGAAGGCUGAGCUGACGGCCAUCAAGAGCCGCGGGAUGGCGUUGAACCUGCGAAAGAUCAAAAGCACGUCGAUACAAUCGAUCGAUUCGAACGAGAUCGACUUCGCCGAGAUACAGCUAUCGUCGAAGAUGAACAUUCCCGGUCCGGCUGCGAGUUCCGGUUCACCAUCGUGAGGGCACACCUUCUGCGUUAUGUUGGUUCCACGGUCGCCAGCGUGGACCGUCCCUGCAGCAUCAUACAGCUACUUCUAAUCUACACACAGUCGUCAUUCCGGGCAGCGGAUAUUUUCCUGCUGGUAUUAGUUCGAGUGAUCGGCGCCUACUUCAAUUACUGCUGCUUACUGAAGAGACUAAACAAAACGAAAGGAGUACUAUUAUUAUUAGCACUACUACUUUCUACUACUGCAACUAUCACCACUAUGACUACUUCUAAUGCUACUACUACUACCACCCACUGUCCUAACCCGAGAGGUUAAGAAAGUGGCCGAAAGUGUGUACUGACUUGAAUAAUGUAAUUCCUGAAAAAAGGAAAAAUGAUCGUUCCUCAAAGUAUGUUUUGUAAGUAAGCGAAAACGAAGGAGCCUAACUCAGCAGUAGUAGUGGCCGUCCCAGAGGAAUAGUAAAAUCGGACUAUAAAGAAUUAGGGCCCGUGCGGAGUCGGUGGUAAGCCACAAACUUAUAUGCAUAAGUUGUAGUAUUCAUCAAUGUUUAUACUUUAUGGCGCUUCCUUUUUUUCAUUGAAAAAAUAACCUGAAAAGGGCGAUAGGAGUCCGAGUUCUCGUUGAAAAUGGUUCCCAUUUUCAUUCCCCAGCAAUACGGCAACACACAAGCCUCUAGUGUGGUGGCAUUGUAAAUGUCUCUUUAUAUCAUUUAUAUGAAUGUUAUGUUACUUUUCCUAAACCCUCACUUCCUUACUCGAUAAGCGACUGUUAAACGCAACAGUAUUUUGUGUUAUUAUACGUUCUGAACAGUGUGAGUGCAAUUUGGCUGUAUUCGUUAAUGGUUUUUGUUCGCGGAUCGUUUCCUUCCUAUGUUUCAGGCCAGAGGCGGUCCUACAUGCUUUCAUGUAGGCACUUUCUUGGCUAAAUAAGGCGAUAGCGAAAGGCGCACAAUAUACGAUACGCACGAGCAGGCUUAUUUGUUUUAUUUUUAGUUAGAGUAUAUAUGUUUGUUACACACUGUACAUGUUUAUACAUAUAUGUUUUCUUUUUCUCCUAGUUUCGAUUGUACCGCUUUUUUUAGGACAGAAUCUUCCUUCAAAGCAACUAAUACAUUCUGAUAAAGAAAUGGUAACAGACAAAAAUGCGUUCAUUUACACGAUUGAUCCUGCUUUCUGCUACGCAAUACAUUUCCGUUUACUCACCCCGAACCUUACGCGAAACGCUAAUGUGUGGACUUUGGAUGUUCCGGUCUCUUAUUUUUAAUGAUUCUUGAAAAUUUUGAAUAAUAAACACAACCACGUACCGAGGCAAAUAGCGUAAAUGCUGGCUGCGCGUGUAACAUUCAGUGUUGUCUUUUCCAUUGAUCGAAGCGUAAGGUUAAACUUUAGAGCUAAUGCAAACCGAUACAGUUUAGUGAUAGUAGUUUGUAAUUAUGAGCGAGGAGGCGAGCCAGACCGUACGAGAUAAAAAUCUCCAUUGAACGAUUUACUUAACACAGGCGCGAAACAGAUCAUGCACAGAUUUGCGCGCGGAUUGCGGUGCCGAAAGAAGGGACAGAAAGACACAUGAAGCAAAACACAGGUAAAAGGGUGCCAAACACAGAACAGAGAGUAAAUAAAUAUUUAACGCAGAAGCAUACACAAAACAAUAAUUUACCAAACGAAGGAUGGAAAUUACUGCUGUGGUCGUGUUCCAAAACUGGAAACUGGAAGGUUGUUAGCGAUACGGUUACUGGUAGUCAUUUUUUGAUGUAGUGUAAUUUCUGUAAUCCAGCUGCAAUCUUGAGGCAAUAUCUUGCAUUUUCAAGAUGUAAAAUCUGUAGCAAAAUGAAAUAAUUAUCGUACUUGAUACACCCUCUCUUUUGCGAUACUAGAUUAUUAGCUAACCCACUACAGGAGGUAUUGUUAUGCAAACUUGUGUCAGUAGCGUUGUCUGUUUCGAUUUUGACUUAUUGAAAAAAUUAAAUAAACACACACGCAUAAAAACAAAUACAUUCUCAACUAAAAUGCAUGUACUUAAGACACUAGCUCCGCACAAAUUUGGUUUUAGUAUUCAAGAGUAAUACAUUGUGACGGAAUCGGUUACGAUUGUUUUCGGGGCAAUGAUAAAAAUGUCCCAAAAAUUUGGCAUUCUUUAAACGUUAGUAUUUUAGCAAACAAAAACCAGAAAAUUAAUUCAUGAAAUCAUCAUACAACCGGUGUCAAUGUUAAGAGAACACGAAAGAGGAAUGCUAUCUGAUGACCACCUUUUGUCUCUCCAUGUUCAACGCACAUACGAAACAAACAAACACGUACGGUACACAUCAAUGAACACUAAACACAGGGUAUCAGUAACUGGAUCACUGUAGAAUGAUGAAACUGAGCUAGCAACGUGUAACGCGGAAUGUGUUAGUCGGAUAAUUAUUGGCAGGAGGUACGCCAGUUUCCAUUAUUGUGGAGAUCAUGAAAUCACGGUAUCAGUUUGGAAACGUAGCGUGUAUUAGACGACAUAGCGACAUUAUAUCAAUUUUAUACGACAAAAACAUACACACAAACACAUUAUCGUAAAAUAUUCCACGGUCAGAGUAAGGGAUGGUCUCAGCAGGAAGGCAUAAUAUUGUGUUUGAAGGAUUGGUUUGGGUUUUUUAAGGAGAGUGUCAUAAAAAUUGUUUCCUUCUUCACCGAGCCUUUGGCUGCGGGGUCGCUAUGAAAUUUAAUCAUACUUGUUUCUAUAACAUUCUGUAGGUAAUGAAUAUAGUUCACAACUUGCAGUGGAGAUUGACAACAAACAAACGAAAAACCAAGUAAACCGUGUGUUAAAAUAAUAGAGAGUGAAAAUACAUGAUUCAAAAAAAAUUGGAAAAUUUAUAAGUCUUCAUCUGUCACUUGUUU